UAGUGGAGUAUUUCAAUGAUGGUGCUACGUAAAGCUAUGUCAGGGAUACCUCACUGGUAGCCAUGGGGUGUCCCCCUUCCUCCGACUUUCUCCUCCCCUCCAGAUACCACGGCGUGUUUGUGGUAAUAGUCACGGUCAUAGUAUACAUCCCUGUCGGAGGCCAGUUGCAAAGCUUUGGAGUUUUUGUGGAGAAAUUAAACGAGGAUUUCUGUCCGUAUGACUGCCUGCAAUUAUUGUCAUGGAUCGGCGCCUUGUCAUUCGGCAUUAAUCGGCUUUUCUGCUGGCUGAUUGUCUCUCUACAGAAGCGUCUGCCAACAUGUCUGCUUUUCUUCGUGGGCGUCAUUUUGUCGUCUGCCGCCAUGACCUUGUCGUCCUUCAUCACAGAUCUGAGCUGGCUGUUUCUCACCUACUGCGUCGUCUUCGGCGUCGGAUCCAGCCUCGUUAUGAACUCGCCUUACGCCCUCAUCGAGAGUUACUUCCCUUCGUCACAUAAGUACCACAUCCUGGCAACUAGUCUGAUGAACGUUGGAAGUCCUGUAGGUUCCAUGCUGAUGAACCCGCUGAGUGCGCACCUGGAUCUCGUGGCCCCGAACACGUGGCGAGAUACCAUGAGAAUAUACGGGGGCAUUAUGCUCGUGGUGGGUCUCCUCUGUAAUAUCAUCAUGCGGAAACGAACGGAAAUGCCCGAAGAUGAGAGGACUCCUCAACAGUACGAAGAUUUAGACGGAAACUCGGGUCAUCACUAUGUCGGUUGUACGGCGAGACUGAUAACUGACACUUGCCUCUGGACAACGGGAAUAUUCCUCUUGUCGUUUGCCAUAUACGUACCUAAAGUGCACUUCAUGCAAUACAUGGAAUCCAUCAAAAUGGACCUGGGUGUGGCAGCCAUGUGUAUGAGUUACGAGGGAAUGGCAGAAGCCAUUCUGAGUUUCGCCACGGCUUUCUCAGGUGACUUUGUAGGGCGUUACCUGUUGUUUGUAUACGUGCUGAGUUGUUCGGUGAUCGCCGUCUGUGUUGGGCUGCUCACCCUCGUCAGGAACGACGCCCUCAUAGCUGUGUACUGUGCAAUUCACGGAGCUACUGACGGCAUCACCAUGACGCUGCUAUUUUCGGCGACGUCGUUGUUAGCUCCUUCAGGGACCGUCAAGAACUACAUCUGGGCUGCAACGUUUUUUGUAAACGGUCUUGGACAGAUUCUUGGAAUACCUCUCGCAGGAUACAUCUUCGACAGGACCAAGUCGUACAACGUGGUGUUCUACAUGGCAGCGGGUGUGUUCAGUGCAGCUGCACUCACCUUCCUGGUGUUAGGCCUGAGAGUGAGACGACAUCAGAUAGAGCACCUGGCGUCGCAGGCCCAGGAGCUCGACAUGGCACCAAUGGACAAGACGAACGAGUCGGUGGACGAACCGGAUAACAAAGAGGAAGAAAAGACUGAGCAUUGACGUACACCUCUUACUAGAUAUAGAAAUAUAUGUGCCAUACUGAGUACUGCAAAUAUCGUAACAAAGUAACACUGUUCCUUUUUUUAUCGUUCUUCUUUAUAAAACUGUCUUUGUCUUUUGGGUGAGGUAAAAAAAAUCAGAAAAUAUACUCCGGGGCAGUACAUUCUGAAAAUUAUCAUGCAAACACUUUUGAAACGAAUUUACAGCGUACAAACUUCAAAAUGAACCGUACAGUACCAUGUUAGGGAAGGGGUGAUUGGGAAUUGAACAUCGAUGCGAUACGUAUUAUAUACGUAUACUUGGUAUACCGUCCAUAAUAAUAUUUUCGAAUAUAAUUUCAACAUUGUCUCAACCACGAUCCCCGACAUGUCUGUCUCAAAACGUUUUCUGAGAUAAAACAACAUUCAUAACAAUUACACCUAAGGUCGUCAUUCCAGGCGAAAUACGUACAUGACAUCUCACCAAACCUUGAUAUCGAUUUAUUCAUAAAAUAAAUACGAAAUAUACAUAUCGUACAUAGAAACACAUUUGCACUGUAAUUUAAAUUAAAUUUACAGUAUAUGCAGCUAAAGAAUAGCGUAAUGUUGUAAAUUACAA